CGGAAUACUCUUAAGUCUUUCAUGACCUCAACAUAAACAAGACAAGACGCUUUUGUCUUUUUGUCUAAAAUCUACGAAGAACCAAAAGGAGGAAAAAUUGAAUAUUCUGAUACAUCUUGCAAAUAAGAAGAAGACUCGAAAAGAAAAAGAUCAAAUGGAGAGUCUCUCACACAUUCCUCCCGGCUAUCGAUUCCAUCCGACCGAUGAAGAACUCGUAGACUAUUAUCUUAAGAAUAAAGUUGCAUUCCCUGGAAUGCAAGUUGAUGUUAUCAAAGAUGUUGAUCUCUACAAAAUCGAGCCAUGGGACAUCCAAGAGUUAUGUGGAAGAGGGGCAGGAGAAGAGAGGGAAUGGUAUUUCUUUAGCUACAAGGACAAGAAGUAUCCAACAGGGACACGGACAAAUAGAGCAACAGGUUCGGGAUUUUGGAAAGCAACAGGUCGAGACAAGGCCAUAUACUCGAAGCAAGAGCUUGUAGGAAUGAGGAAAACACUUGUGUUUUACAAAGGCCGUGCCCCAAAUGGUCAAAAGUCCGAUUGGAUAAUGCAUGAAUAUCGUCUUGAGACCGAUGAAAAUGGACCCCUUCAUGAGGAAGGAUGGGUAGUUUGUCGCGCUUUCAAGAAGAAACUAACAACUAUAAAUAACAACAAUCCACAAACAAUGAUGGGAUCAUCAUCAGGGCAAGACUCUAAUUGGUUCAGGCAGCAAAUGGAUGUUGCUAAUGGUAAUUACUACCAUUUUCCUGAUCUAGAGAGUCCAAUAAUGUUUCAAGGCUCAUCAUCAUUACAUGAUAAUGAUAAUAACCAUUAUGGUGUUGUACUAAGCAAUAACCACGAAGCACCAAGCGCAUUAAUGCAACGAGAUGAUGAAGGUGAUCAUGGUCAUAUUAUUACUAAUGAUGAUGCUCAUAUGAUCAUGAUGAACACAAAUACUAAUCAUCAUCAUCAACCAGAACUACCCAAUGAUGAUCAUAAUGAUCAACUUAUGGACUGGCAAACUCUUGACAAGCUUGUUGCUUCUCAGCUAAUCUUGAGCCAAGAAGAGGAAGAAGUUAACCAAGAUCCUCCAUCUAAUAAUGUUUCGAAUGAAACAUAUAAUCAUCUCUCUGAAGAGAAACCAUCUUUCUCUUGGGCUCAAAAUACACACACGUAAAACAUGUGUGUAAAUCGGAAGGCAUAUAUGAUAUAUAUAAUUAAUUAAUUGAGGGUCAUCAUGCUUGCUAAUUAUAUUUUAUACCAAACUGUUUUUAUUUAUUUAUUAUGUUACUUUUGUGUCAACCGGUGUAACUUUAGUUUAUAAAAUAUAUAAACACAACGUUUUUUUA